GAGUCAUACGUGGCUCCUGCCGUUGAUCAUUUCACUUGACAACAUAGUUCAUUUCUCCAAGAGGGUGUGCACACAUCCUGAAGCACCUGGCUGAGCUAUAGACAGCCAGAACGACCCGUUGCCUUCCUGACUUCCUCUCUGGCUUCUCCUUGCUCGCCUCCUUCCUUCACUGUCUUUCUUGUCUGGAGAUUCACCCUUUGACCCUCUAGGCUGAUCCCUCCCCUUCUUUAUUGCCCUGAGUAGGUUUCCUUUUCUGAGAGCCCUGGUCACUUGGUCUCUCUCGCUGAAGAAUGAUCACACUGGAUGCAGAAACACACCUUCUGUUCGGGGAUUCCAACUACAUCAUGCUGAAUUAACUUCAAAACUCUUCAAACAUGAAAACGCCUGCCCGACAGACCACUGAAAGGAAGGAUUCUUUCCAUGUUUUAUAAUGGUCUCUGAUUAAAAUUCUUGACUAAAGGAGACAGUAGCUGUUUUACACCGAGUGGUGCAGUGGCCUGUUUUCAGCAUGCGUUCCUGUCAUUCCUGCAACGUCCGGGUGCUGGUGGCUAUUGUGUGUGGGCUGCUGACGGGCGUUGUUCUGGGACUGGGCAUCUGGAGGUUGACAGUAAGGAUCCAAAGAGGGGUAUCUGCUUCUGUGUCGAGCACCCCUAUACAGUUCUGCAGGAAUGGUGGAACUUGGCAAAAUGGCAGAUGCAUUUGUACUGAAGAGUGGAAAGGGUUGAGAUGUACAAUUGCUAAUUUCUGUGAAAAUAGUACCUACGAGAACCUUACUUUUGCCAGAAUCCCAGUGGGCAGAUAUGGACCUUCUUUGCAAACAUGUCCUGCAAACACCUUAAAUGCGGGGAUUCCUUUAGCAACUCGACUGUGUACUCUUUCUGAGUACGGAGAGAUAUAUUUACAAAAUGCAACGAGAGGAAAUUGCACGGAAAAUCUGGAGACCCUGGAAACGCAGAUAGACAGCAUCACAACAAAAUCGAACAAUAUUUCUGCAGAAGCCCAGUUUUUAACAGCUGAUGCCAAUCGAUUAACUCCUGAGAACAUCACUUCGGCUGCCCUAGUGGUUGGACAGAUCUUCAAUGAAACCAGAAGGGCUGAAGAACAGGCAAAAAGAGUCGCUAUAACCACAGUGAGUCAGAUUCUGGAUGCCAGUGAAGAUGUUUUUCAGAAAGCUGCUGUGAUUAAUGAGGACUCCUUUUCAACGCUCAUCGAGCAAAUGGAGUCUUACUCCUUUUCUCUGGGUGACGAAAGAGUGGUGGAGCCCAACGUCGCAGUCCAGUCGGUUACUCGAGGCGAUGAUACGGGGUCAAGUGUUCUCUUCUCUGUACAGAGAGGAUCGAGUGAUUCUCUAGUUUCUGGUGGAACAUCUGUUAAUAAAACUGCCGACAGACUCAAUCCAGAUGCACAGACUGAACUUCAGAUCUUGCUUAAUACUGGGCAAAAUAAAAAUUCAUGUGGUUUUGUAGUGUAUCAAAACCACAAACUUUUCCAAUCAAAAACUUUCACCGCUACAUCAGAUUUUAGUCAAAAAAUCAUCUCAGGCAAAAUAAAUGCAAGUGACCAAAAUCCGGAUGUUUCUGUGCAAAUGGUGUUUAAUCCCACGUAUGACAAAAGAGAAUUCCAGCUUCACUCCUACGCCUGUGUCUACUGGAAUUUCGUAACAAGGGACUGGGACACACGGGGCUGCCAGAAAGACGGGAGCGCUGCAGGAUUCCUCGGCUGCCGCUGCAACCACACGACCAAUUUCGCAGUGCUGAUGACUUUCAAAAAGGAUUACCAGUACCCCAAAUCCCUAGACAUAUUGUCCAACAUUGGCUGUGCUCUGUCCAUUGCUGGCCUGGCUCUGACUAUCAUAUUCCAGAUUGUCACCAGGAAAAUCAGAAAAACCUCAGUAACCUGGGUGUUGGUCAGUUUGUGUACAUCAAUGUUGAUUUUUAACCUCCUCUUUGUGUUUGGAAUCGAAAACUCCAAUAAGAACUUAAAGAUAAGCGAUGGUGACAUCAGUGUGAACCCAGACAACAACGAAAUACCUGUACGGGACACCGUCGACACCCCGAACCCCUCGUGCACGGCCGUCGCCGCCUUACUCCACUAUUUCCUGUUGGUGACGUUCACCUGGAACGGACUCAGUGCUACCCAGCUCUACUUCCUUCUGAUCAGGACCAUGAAGCCCCUCCCGCCUCACUUCAUCCUUGUCAUCUCGCUAGUUGGAUGGGGAGUUCCAGCUAUAAUCGUAGGUGUAACAGUGGGGAUUGUUUAUGCCCAAAGUGGGGACAAGUCGCACUGGGAGUUAGACUAUCGGCAAGAGGAAAUCUGCUGGCUGGCCAUUCCAAAGAGUGAUAACUUUGUGAAGAGUCCGUUUUUGUGGUCGUUCAUCGUCCCUGUGACCAUUAUCCUCAUCACUAAUGUUGCUAUAUUCAUCACAAUCACAGUCAAAGUGCUGUGGAAAAACAACCAGAACCUGACGAGCACAAAAAAAGUUUCAUCCCUAAAGAAGAUUUUUAGCACAUUAUCUAUUGCCGUUGUUUUUGGAGUUACCUGGAUUCUUGCAUAUGCCAUGCUGAUUAAUAAUGAUGACAUCAGGAUUGUUUUCAGCUACAUUUUCUGUCUUUUCAACACCACUCAGGGAUUGCAAAUAUUCAUCCUCUACACUGUUCGAACGAAAGUAUUUCAGAAUGAAGCUUCUAAAGUGUUGAAGUCCUUGUCAUCGUCCUUUGACAGAGUGAAGAAGCCAUCAAUGCCUUCAGUAACCCCACGGGGACUGCGUUUGAGGAUGUACAAUAUGCUCAGGUCCAUACCUACGCUACAUGAACGGUUUAGGCUACUGGAGCCAUCUGAAGUGACUGAGGAAACAUCACUGUCUUGGAACUGACCAAGCAAAGUCAAGGGCCUAAUAAGUCUGUUGUUACCUCUGACAGUCUUUUCUAUCCAACUCCUAAGAAUUGUAUCUGUUCAUGUUAUUCUCUAGUUCCCUAGAAUGUCUUCUUAAAGACAUGUUAAAACUCGCUGUUUCUUAUCACAGGAAUAAUGGACUUGGUAGUUUUUGUGGUUUUCACUAGACUAUUAUGUGAAUCAAGUCAAGAAUACAGUACAGUAUUCAAGAUGACCAUUGUUAUGUCAUUAAGUUUGCAUGACACACUUUGACAAUCAUGUAGAACUUACAACAAAUUCUUUUACAGCUCAUUAAAAAAGACAUGAGGAAAAAUUACCUUCUAGAACAAAAUGACUCCUGAUAAGUACAUGGAGUGGCUUGCACACAUUAUGCUUUUGCCGAUGAAGAAUUUGUCAACCAGUUUCACCACUAGGAAAAGAUUUUUGUUGUUGUUAUUGUUUUAAAAAAAUGUUUUGUGACCAAAUAAUCAGUUCUGUAAGAAAUGGCUAGAGAUAUGACUUAAUAGACGGCUACGCCUCUAGUUAUUUACUGCAUGCACACACACACACACACACACACACACACACACACACACACAUUAUUGAUGUAGUGACACUUGGACUCAGAAAAUGAAAAAAAAAUGCAGUCACAAUCAUAUGUAUGGCUUUUAGAAGCUCUAGAUAUUCCUAGACCUUCAAACCGUUGAAUUGUGAACAGUUCCCACUGGAGUGGGGAACACCCCACUGGACUGAGGAGAUACUAUCUUUGAAUUGUUGCUUUUGUUUUGCCAUAAACUAGGCAACUGGUACGAGUAUAUGAACUAAGGAAGUAACAAAUUCCAUGUGAACUUGGCAUAGCCUCCUCACCAUUCCCUAAAGACUGCAUUCUUUCUUUAAUUUUAUUUAACUUAUUAAAUGUGUAUCUGCUUUUUAGCCUGCAUGUAUGUCUA